GGAAUGACGUCAACUUUCCUCAUUUAUGCAGGAAUAUACUUAUAUUACUCUGCGUCGGAAUAAUUUCUUAAUCGAGUCGUCCGCAUUGACCCGACACCUCACGAUCGCAGUGAACUUUGACGGAACUCUUAAAUGUCUGUAACAUUACACACGAACACCCAAACAGAUCGAUCUAGCUUUAACUACAGUAACGAUGAAGAAGGGGAUUUUCUCUCAUUGGAUAUUUUUCAUGGUGGUUCACUUCGUCGGGUCUCAAGAAAUGAAAAGGAGAGACAUUUUGAAUACACUUCUUAGCAGUGCGGAGUAUGACCCAAGAAUUCCACCUGAUUACGAGAAAGAUAUUGCAACAGAAGUUGAUGUCCAGCUUUUCAUCAUCAGCAUUGAUUCAAUCAAUGAAUUGUCAAUGGAUUAUACACUUAACCUCUUUAUUCGUCAAACUUGGAUGGAUCCGCGCCUAAACUUCUCUCAUCUCAGUAAUAUAAGCAUGCUGGAACUAGACCAGAAGCAUAUAGGAGAUGUCUGGGUUCCCGAUACGUACUUCCAGAACGAGAAAAGCGCAACAAUUCACACAGUUACAGUUCCAAAUAAGCUUCUCCACAUCUACAAUGACGGUCUUAUAAUAUACAGUAUCAGAUUAUCAUUAACACUUUCCUGCAUCAUGGACCUAAGAUUUUACCCUAUGGACGAUCAGACUUGCUCCAUCCUGAUGGAAAGUUAUGGCUAUUCCAUCCAUAAUGUGAAGCUGAUGUGGAACCCGGAUGACGCUGUCAUUAUUGGAACAGCGCAUGCAGAUGAACAGACGCUUCCUCAGUUCUAUUUUUACAAGCCAUUGGAAACCCUCGGAUGUUCAACCAUAAAUUCUUUCAACGUGGAGUUCUCUUGUCUCCAGGCAAAAUUGUUUUUCCGAAGAAAUCUGGGAUACUACAUGUCUCAAGUGUUCAUUCCCAGCAUGCUUAUCGUCACUCUCUCCUGGAUCUCAUUUUGGAUUCAUGUGGAUGCUGUUCCUGCGAGAGUCUCGCUUGGGGUCAUUUGCGUGCUUACUAUGACAACUCAAAGUUCUGGUAUAAGAAACUCUCUUCCACGUGUGUCCUACAUAAAAGCGAUAGAUAUAUGGAUGGCUCUUGGGUUGUUAUUUGUUUUUGCAGCACUUCUUGAAUAUGCUUUCAUUAACAUUCAGACAAGAAAACAUCAAAAACAGACAAAGAUGCCAGAGAAGGACGAUAAGAAAUAUGAAACCAUUGAUGAAAGGAAAAAUGUAGAUUUUAUGGCACGAGCUCGUCAUGUGGACAGAUUGUCGAGAGUUGUCUUUCCUGUGUCGUAUAUAUUGUUCAACAUCGUGUUCUGGGGUGUUUAUUUAUCAAAAUAAUAGAUAUUUGAUAAAACUCUAAAAAAAAAAAAAUCAACGAAUCUUCCCAAAAGAACAUUGCUCAGCACAUGUUUGUUUUAUGUAUCACACCCAAAAAAUAGAAUUGUUGCAUUUUGUCGCACGAAAUAUUCUACAAAUCAUUGUAUUGUCUACUUUUUAUGGGACUCUUCCAUUCCUUUCACUGUUUAUAAAAUUUGUAUGCAUUUAUAUGUGUUUUUUAUUGACUUAAUAAAAUAUUUAUUAUUUUUAAUCUA